AUGUUUUACAGUCACGAAGUCCUCAGUAAUAGCCAAUAUGGCGUUUCCACGAUUUGGCUCGUGGCCACUGUCGGCAAGGGCAACCAACGUAGGCUGAAUCGAAAGAAAAUCCAAGAGGUCAAUGUCCCCAAGGCAUGCGAGAAGAUUAUCGAUCCCGGGGCUCCUCUGGCAUUACGCCUUCAAGGCAAUCUUCUCUAUGGCGUUUCCCGCGUUUUUGCACAGCAGUGUAGUUAUGUCCUCUCGGAUGCCGCGAAGACCCAAUCCGACAUGAUGACCUUUUUCCGUUCCAUGAAUACCAGCGAAGUCGACCCUAAGGCUGGCAAGACCAAGCGACAUCACAUCAUGGUUCAGGAUGAUCCCCGGUUCGAUCCAAUGGCUCCUCUCCCGAGGUUGGAGGAGCUUGUUGUCGACAGUACUACUCUGAAAUCGAUGGCCACGCAAGAGACAAACACGGUGCUGUCGCAAUUGUCACCGCUUACCAAUUCAAUUGUCAGAAGCGGUUCCGCCAAGCGCAAGUCAAGCCAUAUAAGCCUCGAUCUGCCCCCUUCCUCCCACUCCAUUGGGAGCUACCGACUACCUGUUGAUUUCUAUCACACCAGCUCUCCCUUCAACAAGACUCUUCCAGGGACGGGCAGUAUUGAGGGGUAUAGGCCGUUUACCGAUGACGAGCUGGAGCCCCUCUGCGAUGUUGGACUUGAUUUUGAUGCUAACGGCAACUUGAUCAACGUGGUGGACGAGGAACCCGCACUGCCCCCUUUGCCCCAAGUCGGCGUAGGUUCCUUGCGCAUGAUUGAAGGGAAAACCCCAAUAGUUGACCGUUCUCCUGGAACAGUUGACUUUCCGGAAGAAGGCGAGAACGCGUAUGGUUUCGGCGAAGCUGCAGAGGCAGGACCACUGGCAGUGCUUGCAGCUGCUGGAGAGCCCCCCAACACCGAUGCACUUCUGCCCACCACUGAAGAAAGAAAAGAGAGGAGGCGACCACCAUCUCCCCGCAGGGGCACCCGCCGCCGCCACGCUAGAGUCAUGUUUGACGAAGUGAUUCGCGUGUCCCGAGAAGAGUUUCGAGGCUGGACGGAAAACUACCCUCUUCACAUGGAGGCCGCAAGAAAGCGAGGCAAACGAACAACUGCGGCGCAGUCCCAGAAAAAUGCCCUGGCGCUCAUGUAUACCAAUGGGCUAUCCAACGUCGGACUCUUUGGGAAGCAUUUCGGUGCUGAGCAUCCUUUGACAGCACAGUUUGCAGGCACUGCUUUGAAAGCACAUCUUCUGGGACUCCGCGUCGACGAGGUUGAAGAUAUCGACCCAAAGAGAGGAAAGCGUCGCAGAUACGCAGAAUCGUCUGCCGUGGGGCGCGAAGCUCCGAGAAGAGUCAGACCGCGGCUGGACAUUGGAGAAGAAGAGCUCGGCAGAGGACCACCAGCGGCGCACAUGGACGAAACUAGUUUCGGAGACGACACAGCGGUUGAGCUGGGCAUGGAAGCAGAGGCUGCGUUGGAAGAGCGGAACUCGUCAUCGCUCAUGCCAUGGAGUAGGCAAGGGUCUGCGGUACCCGGCUCGGCUUCCCGAGCGCCUGGAAGCGCGCAAAAGCCCCUGCCUGCUCGCAGCCCUCUCCACAGCCGUGGAAGCGUCGCCGGAUCCAUCGAGAGGUUCAGUGACCCUGCUGAGGAGGCCUUCGAGGCUGCAGGCUUCGGCUCCCAGCCUUCCUCUCUCAGGCUCAGGUCCGAUCUAGGAGGUCCGGCCACCCCCAUCGGCCAUAGCACACAGGGUUCUGCCACGGGGCUUGACGCCUCUAGCCAGUAUUUUUUGGACUACGUCACGGAGCAGGCCGUCGAGCGCGAGCAUGUACACAGUCAAGGCGGCCGACUCACACGCUGGGUUGACUUUGAGGAGAUUGCCCAUCCGGAAAGGCACAGCAAAUCCGUCGCCACCCAGGCGUUCCUUCACAUCCUCUCCCUCGCGACAAAGAGCAUCCUCCAGGUUGAGCAGGACGGCCAGGAGGCGAACAUUCCUUUCGGAACCAUUCGAGUCGGGCUUCGCGCAUAA